CAAUGGGGCUCAUUUACCAUGGACAUCUCAGUCCCCCCUGCACCCACGAGAGGCCCACUCCACACUGCACCCAGGAGAGGCCCCACUCCACACUGCACCCAGGAGAGGCCCCGACUCCACACUGCACCCAGGAGUGGCCCCGACUCCACACUGCACCCAGGAGAGGCCCCGACUCCACACUGCACCCACGAGAGGACUCACUCCACACUGCACCCAGGAGAGGCCCCGACUCCACACUGCACCCACGAGAGGCCCCACUCCACACUGCACCCAGGAGAGGCCCCGACUCCACACUGCACCCACGAGAGGCCCCACUCCACACUGCACCCAGGAGAGGCCCACUCCACACUGCACCCAGGAGAGGCCCACUCCACUGCACCCAGGAGAGGCCCACUCCACACUGCACCCACGAGAGGCCCACUCCACACUGCACCCAGGAGAGGCCCCACUCCACACUGCACCCAGGAGAGGCCUCGACUCCACACUGCACCCAGGAGAGGCCCCGACUCCACACUGCACCCACGAGAGUCCCACUCCACACUGCACCCAGGAGAGGCCCCACUCCACACUGCACCCAGGAGAGGCCCUGACUCCACACUGCACCCACGAGAGGCCCCGACUCCACACUGCACCCAGGAGAGGCCCACUCCACACUGCACCCAGGAGAGGCCCCACUCCACAUUGCACCCAGGAGAGGGCCCGACUCCACACUGCACCCAGGAGAGGCCCCACUCCACACUGCACCCACGAGAGGCCCCGACUCCACACUGCAACCAGGAGAGGCCCACUCCACACUGCACCCACGAGAGGCCCACUCUACACUGCACCCACGAGAGACCCCACUCCACACUGCACCUAGGAGAGGCCCCACUCCACGCUGCACCCACGAGAGGCCCCGACUCCACACUGCACCCAGGAGAGGCCCACUCCACGCUGCACCCACGAGAGGCCCACUCCACACUGCACCUAGGAGAGGCCCCGACUCCACACUGCACCCAGGAGAGGCCCCGACUCCACACUGCACCCACGAGAGGCCCCGACUCCACACUGCACCCACGAGAGGCCCCGACUCCACACUGCACCCACGAGAGGCCCCGACUCCACACUGCACCCACGAGAGGCCCCGACUCCACACUGCACCCACGAGAGGCCCCGACUCCACACUGCACCCAGGAGAGGCCCCGACUCCACACUGCACCCAGGAGAGGCCCCGACUCCACACUGCACCCAGGAGAGGCCCCGACUCCACACUGCACCCAGGAGAGGCCCCGACUCCACACUGCACCCAGGAGAGGCCCAGACUCCACACUGCACCCAGGAGAGGCCCCACUCCACACUGCAUCUAGGAGAGGCCCCACUCCACACUGCACCCAUGAGAAGCCCACUCCACACUGCACCCAUGAGAGGCCCCGACUCCACACUGUACCCAUGAGAGGCCCACUCCACACUGCACCCAUGAGAGGCCCACUCCACACUUCACCCAUGAGAGGCCCACUCCACACUGAACCCAGGAGAGGGCCCAACUCAGCACUGCACCCAGGAGAGGCCCCUACUCCACACUGCACCCAUGAGAGGCCCACUCCACACUGCACCCAGGAGAGGCCCACUCCACACUGCACCCAGGAGAGGGCCCGACUCCACACUGCACCCAGGAGAGGGCCCGACUCCACACUGCACCACGAGAGGCCCCGACUCCACACUGCACCCAGGAGAGGCCCCUACUCCACACUGCACCCAUGAGAGGCCCACUCCACACUGCACCCAGGAGAGGCCCCGACUCCACACUGUACCCAUGAGAGGCCCCACUCCACACUGCACCCAUGAGAGGCCCACUCCACACUGCACCCCGGAGAGGCCCCACUCUACACUGCACCCAGGAGAGGGCCCGACUCCACACUGCACCCAGGAGAGGCCCCGACUCCACACUGAACCCAGGAGAGGCCCCGACUCCACACUGUACCCAUGAGAGGCCCACUGCACACUGCACCCAUGAGAGGCCCACUCCACACUGCACCCAUGAGAGGCCCACUCCACACUGCACCGAAGAGAGGGCCCACUCCACACUGCACCCAUGAGAGGCCCACUCCACACUGCACCCAGGAGAGGCCCACUCCACACUGCACCUAGGAGAAGGCCCACUCCACACUGCACCCAUGAGAGGCCCACUCCACACUGCACCCAGGAGAGGGCCCGACUCCGCACUGCACCCAGGAGAGGGCCCGACUCCGCACUGCAACCAGGAGAGGCCCCACUCCACACUGCACCCACGAGAGGCCCCAUUCCACACUGCACCCAGGAGAGGGCCCGACUCCGCACUGCACCCACGACAGGGCCCAGGCAUGCCUUUCCCUGGGCUCAGAGAGUGAAUCUGUCUGUGACAGAGGCCUGGCCUCUCACAAACUCCACUGUGGCUCUGCUGGCUGGGACAAGGCAGAGAGAGGCCUCCUUGGAUUCAUUUCCCGGGGAUGCCGAGACAAAUCACCACAGACCAGGGGUCCUAAAACAACACACAUUUACUCUCUCACACUCACGAAAGCAGGAAGUCCAACGUCAGCCUCACUGGGUGGAAAUCAGGGCGCUCCCUCUGGAGGCUCCAGUACAGAAUCCUUCCCGGCCUCUGCCAGCUUCCGGGGGCCACCGACAUUCUUGGGUUUGUGGGUGCCUUGCUCCGGUCUUCAAGACCAACAUCUUCCAAUCACCACCCCGUCCCACAUGGGUCUCCUCAGGGUGUGGCCAUGUGUCCUCUGCGACUCUCUGAUGAGGACACUUGUGAUGGAAUUUAGGGCCCUCCAGGGUCGUCCAGAUAUCCCCCCAUCUCAGGAUCCUGCACCUUAUCACCCCUGCAUGGACCUCGCAGUAUCAGGACUUCGGACUCUGCUGGUUUAGAUGUCUUGGUCUUCGGCAGAACGCUUCCACUGGUGACACAACAGCGGGUCCACAGAGCUGGAAGUCAGUGUGGACACUGGGCUGCUGGGCUCUGCCUGCUCCAAAUCCACAGGCCAUCCAGCCUUGCCCACAGCAGCAUCCCUGGGCCACCGCCGUCACUGUCUGGAAACCACCAUGCAUGUAACAGACAUGCGCUGAUGCGGGCUCCCCGAAGGGUGACUGUGCCCGGCAUUUUCCUGGGGCCCCUCAGCUCCCAGCCUGCCCUGUCACAUUUUGAGAUGCGGGCAAGGACCCAACAGAUUCUUUCUCCCUUGCCCACUGGCUUUCUAUCAGGUUCUGCUCACCGGGGCCCUGGGCCAGCUGGGAAGCAAGCACUGAGGAGGACUUGGCCUAGCCGCCCCUGCCAGCUCUUCCCCAAGCAGUGGCACUCAGUCCUGGCAGCUGCAGAUGGUUCUGGCCUCCAGCCUCUCUGGGGACCCCAUUGAGCCAGCCCCAUUGUGCCCUCUCUAGCAGCACCCCAGCUCUGAAGGGGGACCCCUGCUCUGUGGGGCUCUCCUCUGAGUGUCUGGAACCUAUGGCCCCAGCCUGCUCCCGGCUUCCCUCACUCACCAGCCCUGGGCUACCCUCAGGUGCCCUUGCGCCCUGCGGGCAGCCACGGCUCCUGAACCCGACGCCUUCAUCAAGUCCCCUCUGUGGAAACACUCAGUGUGAGCAGCGCUCCUGCUGGGCCCUGCCGGGUCAGAGUUCCGGGACUCAAGAGGCCACAUAGAUAGCAGCUCUGCUGGGCACCGGCAGGCCACGGCAAGUGCCUGCCAGAAGCAGCCAGAUUUCCCCAGACAUUGCGGUCAGGAGCCAAAAUGAUGCCUGCAGAGGCAGAACUGUCCGUCACUAAGCAGGACGCAGCAGUGACCCCAUGCCAGCCACGGCCCCAGCCCCUCGCCCCCAACACAUCAGCUCACUCAGCCUGUGGGGGACCCAUGUGGGCUGAACUGUGUCCCACGAAAUUCAGAAGUUUCAGUUCUCAGCCCAGGACCUCGGAGUGUGACCUCACUUGGGAAUAAACGUUCAUUUGACAGAAAAAUGGAGGUGAGGCCACACUGGAGAGGGGGGCCCUCGUCCACCAUGAGGGGUGUCCUUACACAAAGGGAGAGUGUGGACACAGAUACACAGGCAGAGAGGCGCCCUGUGAAGCUGGAGCCAGAGCCUGGGCAGCACUCCCAGGAGCCGAGGAGCAGCAAGGAGUGUACCACACAGCUGCGGGUGGCAGAAGCCUGGGAUGGAUUUGCCCUCUGAGUCUCUGGAAGGAACCAGCCCUGCUCUUGCCUUGAUCUCGGACCUCCAGCCUCCAGAGCUGUGAGGGAAUAAACAUCUGUGGUUCAA